UGACUGAUACCAUUCAUUAAACCAUUUGCAUGCAUGGGUCAAUCCGUUGGUCACUUCCAAAAAUGGGAGCGUCUGCACUCUUCUGUCUUACCUAAUCCUAGCUAGUACUUGCAUACAUACACACGCAUUCAUUUCCAAGCUUUAUAUACAAAUAUAUAUAACCUCCAAAUACUGUAAAUUAUAGAAGAAUCGAAAGCUUAAAGAAUUAUGGAGGUCAUGAGUAACUGCAGGGAGAAAGGAGAGAAAGAAGAAGUAUUAGGAGGAGAGGAUGAGAUCCUCAAGAAGAGAAUCUCUAGCCAUCCUUCUUAUGGCCAGUUGGUUGAGGCUCACUUGGGCUGUUUAAAGGUUGGAGCCAUGGUGAAAUUUGACAGAAAUCACAUUAGGGAUCAGAUCAAGCAACAAGAAAACAACCCCAGCUCCCUGGGCAUGGCUAGUAGUAGUACUACUCGAUCUGAGCUAGAUCACUUCAUGGAAGCAUAUUGCUUAGCUUUGCGAAAGCUGAAAGUAGCAAUGGAGGAACCCCAACAAACAUCCAUGGCUUUCAUCAACGACAUGCAUUCACAACUUCAGGAGCUCAUGAUGACAAGCACUGGACAUCCUGUAGUAUCUGCUGAACCUGCCACCAGUAAUACUACUACUACAGCUUCUUCUUCUUCUGGUCAUGAAUGAACUAAUUUAUAAUUAUAAGAUCAAGGCCAUCCAUGCAUACAUGCAUGCAUGCCAGAUUUUACUAUUAUAUAUCAUUAUCAUUAUAUAUUAUUAUUAUUAUGCAGAUCGACAUGGAUGUACGUAGGUAGCUAGCGAACAUGCCUGCAAUUAAUUUCUCUACAAAUUUAUACCAUUGUCGGCCUCCAUCGAGAUGAUCAUCAUGUUUUUACUUUCAUGACGCUUAGUUAUUACUUGAUUUAUAUGGACUAGAACGUAGUACUUUCCAUACAUCAUCAAUAUCUUGAUCUU